UGAAAGUGCGUGGCUUCUAACAGUUCCCUGUCCAUCAGAAUGUCCUGGGGAAACCUGCUGCGCCACUUUGGAAACCGUUGCAUCAGACCUUGUUGCGAGACCCGGAGAUCAUCUGCAUGCCACCUCCGUCAUAAGUGUGUCAGAUACCCAAUGGAGUCAUAUUUAAUUGCCCAUCAGCCACCUCAGCCCUGGCCUGAUCAGUGAAGAACCUGAACCUGUCGAUUUCAACAGCAAGAAAAGUAUCCAUGUCGUCUAGUCUUCGAAUCACACGCUGGUCCUCGACCGAGGAAGUGGUGGAUGCUGUUCGCGGAUUCAAAGAUGCGCUCAACGACCCUAAUGUAUCCGACGAAACCAAACAAAAGGCACGGCAGACGCUUGACCGACUGGAGCGCGGUACUCAGUGCGAUCCUGACGAUAAGGGAAAAGAGACGGACCAAGAGACUGGGGGUCCAAGAUCCUGGAGAGCCAAUGAUAGUCUCGAUGCUAAAUAAGAGGCCGCUUGUAUUUCGAGUGAAUGGGGCAGUGAGAAUCGG